AUGCGGCCGAUAUUUUCUGCUUUGCAGAAGACAUCUGCAAGGGUCUGGACACUGCCAACUCGGGCUAUUCGGAGCCCUCGUGUACCAUCGAAGAUCAAUUCCAUCUGCCGCCUACAACAAUUCCGCCAUAUCUCGCAAUCGCGUCAGCUGGCUGAGGGUCUGAACAUCGUGGACCACCCAGCAAGGCUUGUCCGGGUUAAUAAGAAACAUGGGCCUGGUCUGAUCAUUUUGGCUCUGAUUCCUAUCAUCUCAUUUAUCCUGGGAACAUGGCAGGUACAGCGCCUGGACUGGAAAACCAAACUGAUGGCCAAAUUCGAGGACCGUCUCGUGAAGCCCCCUCUGCCACUGCCGCCCCGAAUCGAUCCGGAUGCCAUUUCGGAGUUCGAUUACCGCCGCGUGUACGCUACCGGCCGUCUCCGCCACGACAAGGAAAUGCUGAUUGGACCCCGCAUGAACGAAGGAGAGGACGGCUUUAUCGUGGUUACUCCCCUCGAGCGAGAGGGACAGAGUACCGUACUUGUGAACCGGGGUUGGAUCUCAAGGAAGCUGAAGGAUCAAAAAGACCGGCCUUUGGGUGUACUGGAUGAAGAGGUGACCGUGGAGGGUUUGCUACGAGAGCCAUGGAAGAAGAACAUGUUUACACCGGAUAACAAACCGGAAGAGGGGAUAUUCUACUUUCCCGAUAUCAAUCAGAUGGCGGAGAAGAGCGGGAGCCAGCCUGUUUGGAUUGAGCAGACAAUGGUGCCCGACCUCCUCGUAUCGUAUGAUCGCGAAGCCAAGGGUAUUCCAAUUGGCCGCGCCGCGGAGGUGAAUUUGAGAAACAACCAUUCUCAAUACAUCUUCACCUGGUAUGGCCUGUCUUUGGCCACAACCAUCAUGAUGUGGAUGGUUAUUCGGAAGAACCCCAACGAGGCACUGCGCCGAGUUCGCCAGAACCGAAACUGGUAA